AUGGGCCAAACGCAGAGCACCCCUUUCUCCCUCCUUCUCGCCAACUUCAGGGACAUAAAAGCUAGAGGACACAGCUUAAGCCUAGACAUUCACAAAAGGAAGUUAAUUACCUAUUGCCGCUCUGAAUGGCCCACCUUUGGGGUUAAUUGGCCUACAGAGGGAACCUUCUGCCUCCCUGUGGUCCUUAAAGUAAAAUCAAAAAUUUUCCUACCAGGGAAAGAAGGUCACUCGGAUCAGAUUCCCUAUAUUCUGGUGUGGCAAGAUUUAGUAGAAAACCCUCCUCCUUGGAUGGCCUCUUCCUUAAUAGCAGAGUCAUGCCAAAUCCUGGCGGCUAAAUCCAUCAACCCUCCCAAGCCGCCAACUCCAGCUUACUGGCCCUUCUCUACUAGUGACCUAUAUAACUGGAAAACCCAGAAUGCCCGAUUUUCUGACAACCCUAAAGAUUUAAUAAGUCUCUUAGACAGCGUUAUGUUUACUCACCAACCCACCUGGGAUGAUUGUCAGCAGCUCCUCCGAAUCCUGUUCACUACCGAGGAGCGAGAAAGAAUUCAAUUGGAAGCAAGAAACCUGGUUCCUGGAGAUGACGGCCAACCCACUGCUAACCUUGAUCUCAUUAACGCAGCUUUUCCCUUGACCCGACCCCCACAGGAUGGCUGGGACUACAACACGGCAGAAGGUAGGGGACGGCUGCGCAUUUAUCGCCAGACUCUAAUGGCGGGUCUCCGGGCUGCUGCACACAAGCCCACUAAUUUGGCAAAAGUGUAUUCAAUAAUACAAGGUAAGACAGAGAGCCCUGCCGCUUAUUUAGAAAGAUUAAUGGAAACCUUCAGACAGUAUACCCCCAUGAACCCCGAGGCCCCCGAAAAUCAAGCAGCUGUUGUAAUGGCCUUUGUAAAUCAAGCAGCCACUGAUAUUAAAAAGAAACUCCAGAAGCUAGAGGACCUGGAGGGAAAACAGAUUCAGGACUUACUCCGUAUUGCCCAGCGUGUCUAUAAUAAUAGAGAGACUCCAGAGGACAGGCAACUUAAAGCCACCGAGAAAAUGACCAAAGUCCUGGCUACUGUUGUCCAAAAGCCCCUGGAUAAACACAAGCCCCUAGAUAAGGACCAAUGCGCCUAUUGCAAAGAAAAAGGCCACUGGGCCCGAGAAUGCCCUAAAAAGAAAUAGCCACAUCAUGGUCAAAAACCGUGGCAGCCAAAAACUACACCUGCCCUCUUCACUCAAGAUGCAGAAUAGGGGGGACGGGGUUCGGAUCCCCUCCCCGAACCUAGGGUAACGCUACAAGUGGAGGGGAACCCAGUUCAAUUCUUAGUUGACACAGGGGCACAACAUUCGGUCUUGAUCAGACCCCAUGGAAAAAUUUCUGAAAAAUCUUCCUGGGUCCAAGGGGCUACUGGAAUAAAAAAAUAUCCCUGGACCACCCAGAGAACUGUGGACCUAGGAAAUGGAAAGGUCACCCAUUCCUUCCUAGUCAUCCCUGACAGCCCGUGCCCCUUAUUAGGAAGAUACUUACUCACUAAAAUGGGGGCCCAGAUUCAUUUUACGCCAGGGGGCCCCCAAGUGACUGGCCCUCACAACCAACCCAUUACCAUACUUACUCUGAGAUUAGAAGAUGAAUAUCGACUCCAUCAGGGGCCACCCUCACAAAGUCAAAACAUAGAGCCCUGGCUCCAGCGGUUUCCAGAAGCAUGGGCUGAAACCGGGGGUAUGGGGUUGGCUAAACAUCGCCCAGCUCUAUUCAUAGAGCUGAAACCGGGGGCAGAUCCAGUUCGGGUCCGACAAUACCCGAUGUCAAUGGAGGCCAAAAAUGGCAUCACGCCACAUAUCUGUCGCCUCCUAGACUUAGGCAUCUUGCGGCCCUGCCAUUCAGCCUGGAACACCCCCCUGCUGCCCGUACGAAAACCUAACAGUGCAGACUACCGUCCGGUACAAGACCUGAGAGAAGUUAACAGCCGAGUCAUGGACAUACACCCAACAGUACCCAACCCCUAUACCCUCCUAAGUGCCCUCAGCCCAGAAGAACAAUGGUAUACGGUCCUUGAUUUAAAAGAUGCUUUUUUCAGCCUGCCUCUGGCCCCCAAAAGCCAGGAGCUCUUCGCCUUCGAGUGGUCCGACCCUGAGAGAGGCAUAAAUGGGCAACUCACCUGGACCCGGCUCCCCCAAGGAUUUAAAAACUCACCCACCUUGUUCGAUGAGGCACUCCACGAGGAUCUGGGUGAGUACCGGAAUCAAAACCCCAAAGUGACUCUCUUACAGUACGUUGAUGAUCUUUUAAUCGCCGCUGAGACUGCCGAAGCCUGCUUGCAAGGCACCAAAAAUCUCCUCCGGACACUUGGUGCCCUGGGGUACCGGGCUUCAGCAAAGAAAGCCCAAAUUUGCAGAUCCGAGGUAACCUACUUGGGCUAUCUGUUAAGGGAAGGCCAACGAUGGCUCACUGAUGCACGGAAGGAAACCGUUCUCCGCAUCCCCCGACCCACAACCCGAAGGCAGGUAAGAGAGUUUCUGGGAUCAGCCGGGUUCUGCCGCCUGUGGAUACCUCGGUUCGCCGAGAUGGCUAAGCCUCUUUACUUGGUCACCCGAGAACAGGCGCCCUUUGAGUGGACAGAGGAAACUGAGCGGGCUUUCCAGCAAAUUAAACUCGCCCUGUUGUCGGCACCAGCCUUAGGGCUCCCCGAUAUCUCCAAACCCUUUCAUCUCUUCGUAGAUGAAAAUAAAGGGGUAGCCAAAGCAGUGCUGACGCAACUCCUUGGCCCAUGGCCCAGGCCCGUUGCCUAUCUUUCGAAAAGACUGGACCCAGUAGCGGCUGGCUGGCCCCCUUGCCUCCGUAUGAUCGCUGCUACAGCUCUAAUGGUAAAGGAUGCUGAUAAGUUAACUAUGGGACAAGAGUUACAUAUCACAACCCCUCAUGCCAUCGAGGGAGUCCUCAAACAACCUCCUGACCGAUGGAUUAGUAACGCCCGACUGGUUCACUACCAGCGACUAUUAUUAAAUCCCCUCAGAAUCAUUUAUGCUCCCACCCGAACACUAAACCCUGCCUCCCUGUUACCAGACCCGGACUUAGAUACCCCUCUCCAUGACUGCACUGAGAUAUUGGCACAGGUUCAUGGUGCUCGGGAAGAUUUACAGGAUCAUCCGCUGCCGGACGCCGAAGUUACCUGGUUCACUGACGGCAGCAGCUUUAUACAUCAGGGUCAAAGGUACGCGGGGGCAGCAGUCACAACUGAAACUGAGACUGUUUGGGCAGAGCCUUUGACAGCUGGCACCUCUGCCCAACGAGCUGAACUUGUGGCCUUAACCAAGGCACUGACUUUGGGAAAAGACAAGAGACUAAACGUGUACACCGAUAGCAGAUAUGCUUUUGCUACGGCCCACAUACAUGGAGAUAUAUACAGAGAGAGGGGACUGUUAACUGCAGAGGGGAAAACCAUCAAAAACAAAGAAGAAAUAUUGGCUCUUUUAAAGGCACUCUGGCUGCCUAAACGAUUAGCCAUCAUACAUUGCCCAGGCCACCAAAAACCGAUCACACCGGUGGCCAGAAGAAAUAAUCUGGCUGACCAGGUGGCCCGAGAGGUGGCCUUACAGGUGGACUGUGCUUUAAUGACCACCCUACCGGACCCCGGUCCAGCUAGUUUACCAGAAAGCCCCACCUACACUAAAAAAGACCUAGACUGGAUCCAAAAAUUGCCUAUGACUCAGUGCCUUAACGGAUGGUGGAAAGCAGCGGACUGUAGCAUAAUCCUCCCAGAAGAAAUGGGAAAUAAAGUCUUAUCCAAGAUGCACCGAGCCACUCAUAUGGGCACAAGAAAAAUGCAAGACAUGCUAGGAUCACCAUCAAAGACUCUAGGACAAAAAUAACAGAUAGUUACUAGCUGUAAAGCUUGUCAACUAACUAACGCCACCAACCACGGGAAAAACCCUGACUCCAGAACUCGCAGAACCAGGCCGGGAGCCUAUUGGGAAGUAGACUUCACCGAGGUAAAGCCUGGAAAAUAUGGAUAUAAAUAUUUGUUAAUGUUUAUAGAUACCUUUUCAGGAUGGACAGAGGCCUUCCCCACCAAGCAUGAGACUGCGCAGGUAGUAGCAAAGAAAAUAUUGGAAGACAUCAUGCCCAGGUACUGAUUCCCUACCCUAAUAGGAUCAGACAACAGACCAGCAUUCAUUUCAAAGGUAAUACAAGGGAUAGCGCAGUUUAUUGGGGCCGAUUGGAAACUACAUUGUGCAUAUAGACCCCAAAGUUCAGGACAGGUAGAAAGAAUGAAUAGAACCCUAAAAGAGACCCUAACCAAAUUGACCAUGGAGACUGGCACUAACUGGGUAGUCUUACUCCCCUACGCUCUGUUCAGGGUGCGGAAUUCCCCUUACAAACUUGGAUUAACCCCCUUUGAAAUCAUGUAUGGAGUGCCCCCCCUUAUAAUUCCCAACCUACAGUCUAAUGUAUUAACUGAAAUUGAUGAUCAUGAACUUCUUAUUUCCCUGAGGGAACUCCAGCACACUCACCAGGAAGUUUGGCCCAGAUUGAGAGCCAUUUAUGAGAACGGGCCCCCUCCCGAGCCGCAUCACUACCGACUCGGAGAUUGGGUAUACGUGCGGAGACACCAGCAAGAGACCCUCCAACCACGGUGGAAGGGACCCUACAUUGUGAUCCUAACCACACCCACUGCUCUCAAAGUCGACGGAAUUGCUACCUGGAUCCAUUACACCCACGCCCGACCAGCUGAUCCCUUUGCGGUUCAAAAAGACUUCGUGCCGGAAGCCAACACCGCCUGGACGGCUGACCAGAAAAAAGUCAGUCCGUUAGAAGAUAUGGAAGGGGGUGAGUGGAGGAAGAAACAGCGAAGGGUGUCAAUCAGUAGAAAUGGAUUUUAUGCAUGUCCGGGAUUUAGGGAACCAGGAAAGAUGAAACGCACCUGUGGGGGGAUAGAAUCUCUAUUGCGCCGCAUGGAGUUGUGUCACAACUAA